CUAUAAUAUAUUUUGAGAAGGGGAGAGGGAGAGCGACGGCUGUCAUAAUUCACAGCACCCACAGAAAUUGAUACUGUUGUUAAGCACAGCACUGACAUUGAAACUUCUCCUGGAGAAAGCACAUAUAUAUAUAUAUAUAUAUAUGGACGCCACUGCCAACUCUCUUCUCUUCGUCCGAUUCGGUGCCCCAUCGCUCGCUUUUGCUUCUGAUUCCAGCUAGCUGAGAAACUGGGGUGCGUUGGCAGGGACCAUGGAGGCCAAAGUAGGACUGUUGCAGCAUUUAUCAAUCCGGAUUGAUUCUGAAAUGUUUGUGAGGAGACCGAGCGGUUUGGGCCGAUUUAUUCAGCCAAUUUCUGAUAAGCAGAAGCUUCCAGCGCUGGUUUCGGCUUUUCGGCAACCUUGGAGACUUCCAAAUCGACUCAGGAAGAUCUCUGUAGAGACCUCCUGCUCUCGUGACAAUAUUUCGGGUUUGACAUUGGAAACUGAAAAUUUUCAUCCUUUUGACAAAGAUCUACUUUUAAAGGAUAAAUCACUAGAGGUCCAGCCUUGUCUAAAUGGACGAUGCAUAUAUCUAGUUGGAAUGAUGGGAUCUGGAAAGACAACCAUAGGCAAGAUUUUAGCAAAAGAAUUGAGUUACACAUUUUCUGACAGUGAUACAUUAGUGGAGCAAGAAGUUGGUGAAGCUUCAGUGGCUGAAAUUUUCAAGCGUUAUGGCGAGGGCUUCUUCAGAGAUAAGGAGACUGAAGUGUUGAGAGAACUAUCAUUGAUGCACGGGUUUGUUAUUUCCACUGGUGGAGGUAUUGUUGUUCGGCCUAUUAACUGGAAAUAUAUGCGGAAUGGGAUUAGUGUCUGGCUAGAUGUACCGCUGGAAGCCUUGGCAAAAAGAAUUGCUGCAGUAGGUACCGACUCUCGCCCCCUCUUGCAUCAUGAGUCAGGCAGUGCCUACACAAAGGCUUUCAGGCGAUUGUCGAUUCUUCUGGAGGAGAGGGGUGACGCAUAUGCCAAUGCUGAUGCCAAAGUCUGUUUAGGAAGUCUUGCUACCAAACUGGGUUUGUCAGACGCAUCUAAUCUGACACCUGUAGAUAUUGCCAUAGAGGCGCUUGUACAAAUUCAGCACUUUCUGGAAAAGGCAGAUGAUUAUUCUGCGGCAAAUCUUCAAUAAGCCUCUGUUGCCAGUUUUCGAACAUGGCAUGGUAAGUGUUUCUUUGAAUUGAUGAUUUGGUGUGAGUAACCUUUGGAAUUUCAGUGUCAGAAGUGUAUCUAUGAAAAUUUUGAGAUAAAUACAACUUUUGGGUGUGUAAUAUAUUCGUGUAUGCAUGUACUGCAUUUGAAAUGAAAAACAAAUUUGUGAAUUUUAA